GUCGAUCAUGUAAGUCCCUUCCUUCGGUCUGUCACCCACGGUCUUUGCUCACCGCUUCAACUGGACGUGGAGCCCGUUCGCCGUUCGCCUUUCCGCGACAGAUGCUGUGGGGCCGCAGGGGGCACCACAGUGAUUUGAGAUGCACCUGCCUUGUGAAAGCGUUACCCUGAUGCGUCCUGUCCCCAUCUGUCACCAUACAAAGUCAUCACGACAUGAUUGACUGUGUUCCCUACUCCGUACAAAGCUGUGUACCCUUCCAGGCCUUCGAAAUUGACUGACACCUGUUUUGGGCCCAAGACACAGCUUUCGUAAAUGUUCUGCGUUCGCUGUAGGGGACCCUGAAAUCCUGCGGCUGCCGGGUUCCGGGUGUCUGUCGGCUCAGUUUGCUAAUGACGUUGUCCAAGUGCACAUCGUUGACAGCUUGUCUCUCCUGGUUUUGUUAGAGAGUGUGUUACAGUGGCCCACGAGAGUUGUAUCUUGACCUUUUCCUCGCUCCGUCCACCUGUGCUCCACUUGGUUUGUGACCAGUUAGUGGGUGCGCGUGGGCUUCUGGGAGCCGAACAUCGGGUGCGGAUGUCCUGCGUGGCUGUUGCUGCUUUUCGCCUCUAGGAUUCCGUGUGUUUCUAGAUAACUCCGCCAGCCUCCUCUUCACAGUUCCUGGCCAGCGCGUCUCUCUGAAUUAUAAAGCCUGGGGCCCCCUCAGGCUUGUGUUCUAGAUGUCUCUUCGGUAGUGUACAGUUAGAUUUUUUUGGUCGUUGUUAUUGUUCUUUUCAUCUAAUUUAAAAGAGACUUUUUAUUUAACCUUGGCCAUUUAACCUGUGUAUAUGCUUGCCUUCACUUAGAUUUUGACCUGAAGGUUUCUUAUUUUCUAGUCAACUCUUCGAGCUUCUUAAGACAAAGUACAAUUUCACCCAGCGUUUCUGCUUGUUUUCCGUGCGAUGGCUGGGACGUGGGCGGCCCCGCAGCCAGAAGCAGGGAAGGCACUUCGAGCUGCUUGUUCAGCACAUCUGAGCAAACCUCUGUUUCAGACUCUACCCCACCCCCACUUCAUCGGCGCCCAGUUCUGGGGCCUUUCACCGGUGGGUGCUGUGCCCCAGGGGCGUCGUGCGUCAAGUUUUCCCCCGGAAGCUAAAAUUUCUGCUUCCCAAGAUGGAAGAAGACGCUGUCCCGGCCCCGCGGAAGGCGCGCCCGGGCGUCGGGCCGGCGGCAGGUGCCGCUGAGAUCUUCCCCAGCAGCGAAGAACGAGAGGCCCCGGAGUUUGCAGUUGAAUUUCCUCCUCCAGAAGCGGGGAAGGGAGCUGGCGCGCCACGGCCCGCCCCCGAGCAGGGGCACAAGCCUGGCGCCGGCGCCCGGGAGACGAGGGCGGCCCCCCCAGGCGGACCGCGGGCCUGCCGGCUGCGGAGGACCCUGAGCCGCCUAGAGGAGCUGCGCCGGGAGAAGGAGCUUUGCAUCCAGAGAACCAGAGGAGAGCUGCGCGCUUGCCGUCAGAGGGUGGAGCUCAUCACCAAACAGCAGGCGAGCGUGGCUGCGGAGACGGCUGUGGAAAGAGAGGCCAGCAACACCAGUGCCGCCGUGGGCCGCCUCCAGGCGGUGUCCAGACGCCUCUGCAGGGAGCUGGGCACGGAGCGAGUCCUGCAGACGCAGAUCAGGGAGCUUCUGCAGAAGGACGAGAGCAGCAUGUGGCACGUUGCCAUCCAGGAGAGACAGCUCGAGGAUGCCUGGAAGUCUGCCCGGGAGGAGGAGGCGGCUGGCAGGAAGCACCUCCGGGAGCAGGCGGCCAAGCAGCUCCGCAGGGAGGAGGAGGCCGCAGAGAAGGCGGAGCGGAACAGGCUGCUAAGGGUGAGGAAGUCCACGUACCUCCAGAAGGAGCACGGGCUCAGGCACCAGAAGCUGGUGGAAGACGCCCAGAGGAAUCGCAAGACGGCAGUGAAAUUCCUGAAGGCUUCCCUGAGAAGAUGCCGGGAGCAGGAGGAGCAGGAGGAGAAGGAGGCCCGGGCACACAUGAGGAGGCGCAUGGACGCUGUCCUGGCCCUGAAGAACAGCGUCACAGCCAACAGGGAAACGCUCCGGAAAUUUCAAGCAUGGAGCCAGGCAAAGGCGGAGCUGGCUGAGCAGAAGGCCCAGACCGAGAAGGAGAUGAUUCUGGCCCAAGGUGGGGACGCCUUCAAACACCUUUUCCAUCAACGCAGGUGCCAGGAGCUGGAAGCCCAGAACCGCACCUUCGAGGAAGAGCAGAGGCUCAGAAAGCAAGAGAUCGUCGGUCGGAUUCUGAAAGAGGAGGCCACGGAAGAGAGCAGGAAGAGGAAACAGUCGUCCCCUGCCAAGGCCCGGGACCAGCCGACUCUGCGGGAGAAGACGUGGAGUUACAUCACGGACGUCUGUGAAGGGAGGGACACAGCAGUCCCUUACGGUCACCUGCUGGAUGGCGACGGGGCCACACACCCCAGAGCCUCACAGUUACUGGAAGCCAUUUCCAGUGAAUCCGUCCAGGGAGACCCCGGGAACACCAGCUGGGAAGAUGACACGCUGGCCGAGCCGGAGAUCCCCGGGCUCUGGAAGGAAGACUACAAGCCGUACCAGGUGCCCAAGGAGGAGGUGGACCGGAAGCCCGUGGGGGGGACGAAGAUGGACAAGGACAUUCUGGCCCGCACCGUGGAGCAGCUGCGCAGCAGAGUGACCCACAGGCAGGUGGUGUCCGGGCGCGAGUUCCGAGGUCGCCCCUUCAAGAGCAAGCCACAGCUCGUCCACUUCAAGGAUUUUGAUAUUGGCAAAGUGUACAAGAAAAGGAUCACGUUGACAAACGCCACCUACACCAUUAACUUCUGCAAGCUGGUGGGCGUGGAGGAGCAUCUCCGGGACUUCAUCCACAUCCACUUUGAUCCCCCUGGUCCCAUGUCAGCUGGGAUGUCCUGCGAAGUACUUGUCACCUUCAAGCCCAUGAUCAACAAAGAUCUGGAAGGAAACGUCUCAUUUAUGGCUCAGACAGGGGGAUUUUCUGUUCCGCUGAAGUGUUCCACGAAGAAAUGUGCACUAACCCUGGACAAGGAGCUCAUCGACUUUGGCAGCUAUGUGGUGGGGGAGACCACAUCCCGGACUAUCACGCUGACCAACGCCGGGGGCUUGGGCACCAUGUUCAAGUUUCUUCGGAUAUCAGAGUCCUGUGAAAUGGGCAUCGCCCAGUCGGCCAUGAAAAUGAGCAGUUUGUUCACAGAUGAAGAUAAAAGUUUUUACGAUAAAAUCAUCGCCAGCGUUUCUGAGCAACAGAUCAAGGGCAACGAGUCCUCUCCCACAGACAUGCGAAGCCAGAAAGAGUCUGGGAAGCUGGACAGCAAGGAACAGGAAGAGGGGCACCCCACAGAAUCCGACGGAGUGACCGCGACCACUGUCGUGACCAUACCCCACAACGAGGAGCUGACAGAGAUCUCGCUGGGAGAGAACACAGAGGGUGAGAUCGGCCCCUUCAGCUCCGUCAAAGUGCCGGUCACCUUCACGCCGGUCAUCCCAGGAGAGGUCCAGACGAAGUUCAAGGUUGUAUUCAAGAAUCAGCAGUGCCCGACCUUGUAUUUCAGAGUCAUGGGCAUCGCUAUCGACGUGCCGGUCUGGGUGCCGAAGCCCAGUGUGGACCUGAAGAUUUGUAUGUAUGACCGGCUGUACCAGGACUCCGUCCUCGUGCACACUCGGUCGAAAGCGGCACUGCGUCUGAAGUUCGAAGUGUGCAGGGAGCUGCGGGAGCACAUGGAGCUCCUGCCAGAGACGGGCUACAUCCAGGCCCAGUCCUGCUACGCCGUGCAGCUCAAGUUCCUGCCGCGACACUCCCUCCCAGAAGACGCAGGGAAGUAUUUUGACAAGGAAAGUAGAGUCCUAGAGGCCCCGAUGACAAUCCGGGUGGCUGACCAGAUCAAGCCGGUGGUGUUUACCGUGCAUGCUGUGGUCACCACCUCGGACCUGGAGCUCAGUCCCUCGGCCGUGGACUUUGGCUACUGCACGAUCUACGAGGCCAUCAGGACACAAAUCAGCCUCUACAACCACUCCCUCCUGCCCCAGGGCUUUGGGUUCGUCGGGGUCCCCAAGUUUGUGGACAUCCAGCCCAAUGACGGGUUUGGGACAAUCCUGCCGCUGGAAAUGCUCCAACUUGACGUGAUCUUCCAACCCACCAAGGCCAAGGAGUACGACUUCGAGCUCGUUUGCAAGUCCGAGAUCAACCGGUGCUUCAAGCUGGCGUGCCGAGCUGUGGGUGUCCACCCGCCCCUGGAGCUGUCCCACUACCAAGUCAAGUUUGCGGCCACCUCCCUGUAUGACAUGUCCGUGGCCACCCUGUACGUCAUCAACUCUCACGUGAGCAUGAACUCACUGACCCACUCCGUGCCCCGCAUCGGCUCCGAGGACGCCUCUCCCGUGGGGCCCACGUCCUUCGAGUUCCUGCUGCCCCCGGACUCGCCCAUCACCAUCUCGCCCUCCGUGGGGACCGUGCUGCCAGGAAAGGCAGGGUCCCAGCCCACCAGGACCUCCGUCACGGGACCCCCGCCCUAUAGGAGACACCUUAUCCGGGUGGCGUUCCGGCCCGUGCUGCCCAGCAAGUUGGUCUACCAGGAAGCCUCCCAGGCCCUGAGCACACUGGCGGAGACCAAAGUGCUUCGCAAGGACACAACCAGCCAGAAGAAGGACCUCAGGAGACAGUCCUUCUCCAUGCUACAGCCGCAGAACCAAGACCGACUGCUCAGGAGCUCGACCACCCCAACUGCAGAGCUGGACAAGCAGGACCUCAAGUUCAGUUCCAACGAGUACCAGAUUGCACAGGCCACCCUGGCCAGAUCUUUCCAGGGGAAGUUCGACAAGUUUGUGGUUCCCUGUGUCGUCGCCAGUGGUGACCCCAAAGACAGAAAGGGGACAGAACCCCUGAGUUUCAGUCCUCACAAUACCCUGUACCUGGAGCUGUGGUGUCCGGCAGUGGCACCCUCUGUCGUGGUGACCUCCAACAAAGGCAAGACCAUCUCCGACUUCGGCGACAUUGCUGUAGGACACCACGGGAUAAAGAAGGUCUCCAUCCAGAACAUCUCCCCGGAGGAUCUUGCCAUAUCCUUGUCCACACCCAGCCCUGGCAGCCCGCACGGACGGGACAGGAGCUGGUGGGGGGAGGGCUGCAGGUCUGCCUGGGCACCUGUCCUUGACACUGGGCCUCAGGUAGAAUUCUCCGUGCUGAACCCCAAUGGCCCCUUCGUCCUGCUGAACCCCAUCAGCAAGCUGCUUACUGGCGAGACCUAUGUCCUGACGCUGUCCUUCUCUCCCCGUGAGAGCAUCCUGGCCCAAGAAACACUGGACAUCAUCACCAAGAGAGGCACACUCUCCCUGACCCUCGUGGGCACCGGUGUGGCAUCCAUGAUCACGUGCUCCAUUGACGGGGACGUUCUCGACAUGGGUUACGUCAUUGCCAGGGAGUCUGUGUCCUCAAGUUUCAAGCUGCAGAACUGCUCACCACUGCCCAUCAAGUUCUCGCUGCAACUGGACAGCCUCUCCCACUCCAGGAGCGAAGACCAGCCGCGCCUGCCGCAGUUCCUCACCUCGAGGGCCCAGAGGACUGAAGUCGUGGGCACCCAGAACUACAGCGGCCAGAGCGUGUUCAGUGUGAUCCCGGUCGAGGGCAUCAUGGACCCAGGCAAGGCACAGGACUUCACUGUGACCUUCAGCCCAGACCACGAGAGCCUGUACUUCUCUGACAGGCUGCAGGUCGUGCUCUUCGAAAAGAGACUCUCCCGCCAGAUCCUCCUGAAGGGCGCAGCCCGCGAACACAUGAUGUUUGUGGAGGGCGGCGACCCCCUGGACGUGCCUGUGGAGUCCCUGACCGUGAUCCCCACCCACGAGCCUGAGCACAGAGAGGAAACAGAGGAGCUGAAGCCCAUCCUGGUGACCCUUGACUACAUCCAGUUAGACACAGACACGCCACCGCCCCCUGCCACCCGGGAGCUGCAGGUGGGCUGCAUCCGGACGAGCCAGGUGUCCCCAAAGAAGAUGGUCGAGUUCAGCCUGGAGGGCGGCGCCGCUCUGCAGCACAAGGGCUUCACCAUCGAGCCCUCCAGGGGCUCCGUGGAGCGUGGCCAGACCAAGACCAUCAGCAUCUCCUGGAUGCCGCCUGCCGAUUUUGACCCGGAUCACCCACUCAUGGUGUCAGCCCUGCUGCAGCUCAAGGGGGAUGUGAAGGAGACUUACAAAGUCCUCUUGGUGGCCCAGGUGGUGACUGGCCCCUGAGGCCACAGGAGUCUCUCCACAGAGCCCCCUCAGGCCCUCCUGCUCACCCUUGAAGCCCUCCCUUGGUCUGUAAACAGGCCAAACCACCCACAGGCCUGGGACCUGCGCAUCCCCCGGCUGGGCAGGUUCAAACGUACAGCCCUCUGUGUGACCCUAUGGCCAGGGCGCCCCACCCCCAGGCAUGGCCACUUCCUACUGCCCUGGGCCCCCUGCCCCCCCCGGGCCUUUAGAAGCGCUGGUGGCGGAAAGAGCUGCCCCCACAGGUCUGUCAAUAAACCUUCUGGGCUUCUUCCUAUAGGCCUGAAGUGCGGGAUGCGCGCCAGAUCAGAGAUGGGGACAGAGCCCUGGGGAGGCAGCGCCUGCCUCCUAGACCCCCACACCCACACACACAAAUUGGUCCAUAAGCAACGAACCCUGCCCUGGCUCACUGGGGAACCACUGGCAAGGCAGGGUGCUGGGGACACAGGCUGAAGGUGAGACAGGCCCAGACCCAGAGAGGCCCUGCAAAGAUGGGGGAGGGUAUAGGAGGCUCCAAAGCCAGGGCACCCUUUAGGAUUCUCUGUCCCUCCCAAGUGUCAGGAUCCCUGAUGACCCUAAGGAAGGAGGGAGCAAAUGUGUGGCCCUCAUGCUCAGGGUGUCCCUCAGUGUCUCGCUGGAGUCCAGAGUGGGGCCCAGAGCAUGAGUUAUGUUUUCCAUUUUUCUGUACAGAGUCCAGGCUCAGCCUUCUGGGCUCCAACGGGUCCUUCAAGGUAGAGUUCCCCACAGGCCAUACCGCACUCCUGGGAGCUCAGAAUGUGCCCUUGCCCCAGCCCCUGCCUUCUGGAGAGUGCUGGUUGGACACUGUCCCCACAGAGCCCACCCAGUCUGGCCCCUCCAUACACAGCAUGCCCAGCACACAAACCCCAGGCCCGUGCCUGCCAGCAGCAGGAGAGAACAUGCAACUUUCCGUAGCAGAAAAGGAGGGUGUGAUGCAUCUGGGGGCUCUCCUGGGCACAGACUUCAGGACACCAGCCUGGAGCCACCGUCCUAACCCUAGUUCCUUGGUGCCCUUCAUGCCUAAAAGACUGCCCUCUCCCUAACCCGAGGCCAGUGACAGUGACCCUAGAGUGGAGUUUUGCAGGAUUUCUGUCUGUGCCCUCCUGGGGCUGGCCAGCCAUAGCCCAAGCCUUUCUCACCAGAUGAGAGGCGAAGGCAAGCUCCAGCACCCCAGGCCAAACCCAGGCCCCAGGAGGAGGCGCUCCCUGCAGGGCAUGGUCCCUGCCUCCUCUUCUGGCUGGUGGGCAAGAGAGGCAGGCCCCUCUCCUAAACCCUGGCCUCACUCUCCUGCUAACAGGCCCUGGUACUCACUGGCCGAGGCCCUGCCUGAGCUCCUGGGCACUGGCUGGACUUCUGUCCAUCCUCCUCCCUCCCACCCAGUAAAGGCAAGAGGGAGGAGGAGGAAGGAUGACCAGGAACCAAGCUCAGCCAGCCUGGCUGGAGCACAGUGGGCAGAAGGGGCUCUGGGCUGCCAUGGCAUAUCCGGGAGGUGCAGAACAGCUUCAGGGCAAAGCCCGGGCAAAGAUCAAGUGAGAUCAAAGAGCAAGUGCCUGGUAGAUCCAGGCAGAAGACCCAAGCUAAGACACCUCGGUGGCUGAGAUGGAUAAGCGUCUGCCUUCCGCUGGGGUCAUGAUCCCAGCGUCC